AUGUGGAACACCUCUGAUGCCAACUUCUCCUGCUACCAUGAGUCAGUGGUGGGCUAUCGCUACGUGGCAGUUAUCUGGGGGGUGGUGGUGGCGGUGACGGGCACCGUGGGCAACGUGCUCACCCUGCUGGCCUUGGCCAUCCAGCCCAAGCUCCGUACCCACUUCAACCUGCUCAUCGCCAACCUCACAGUGGCCGAUCUGCUCUACUGCACCCUUCUGCAGCCCUUCUCCGUGGACACCUACCUCCACCUGCACUGGAGGACUGGCGCCACUUUCUGCAGGGUGUUUGGGUUCCUCCUCUUCACAUCCAACUCCGUCUCCAUCCUCACCCUCUGCCUCAUCGCCCUGGGACGCUACCUCCUCAUUGCCCGCCCUAAGCUCUUUCCCCAAGUGUUCAGCACCAAGGGGAUAGCGCUGGCUCUGGUGGGCACCUGGGUGGCAGGGGUGGCCAGCUUUGCCCCGCUCUGGAACGUCUAUAUCUUGGUGCCCGUCGUCUGCACCUGCAGCUUUGACCGCAUCCGAGGCCGACCCUACACCACCAUCCUCUUGGGCAUCUACUUUGUGCUUGGGCUCAGCAGCGUCGGCAUCUUCUACUGCCUCAUCCACCGCCAGGUGAAGCGAGCGGCACAGACGCUGGCGCAGUACAAGCUGCACCAGGCCAGCGUCCGCUCCCACCACGUGGCUGGCGCGGAGGAAGCCGUGCCGGGUCGCUUCCAGGAGCUGGACAGCGGGGUGGCCUCAGGAAGGCCCAGCGACGGGAUCUCAUCUGAGCCAGCCAGUGCCGCCACCACCCAGACCUUGGAAGGAGACUCGUCAGAAGUGGGGGACCAGAGCAGCGGCAAGGCAGCUCAGCAGACGGUAGAGAAAAGCCCUCCGGAGGAGGCACCUGCCAAGACCAGGCCGGCGAAAGGAGCCCAAAAAGCUCAGGACUCUCCAUCAGAGUCUGGGAAGGUGACUCGGAUGUGCUUUGCUGUGUUCAUCUGCUUUACCCUGUGCUACAUCCCUUUCUUGCUGCUCAACAUCCUGGAUGCCAAGGUCCGGGCUCCCCGGGUUCUCCACAUGCUUGCCGCCAACUUCACCUGGCUCAACGCGUGCAUCAACCCCGUGCUCUACGCAGCCAUGAACCGCCAGUUCCGCCAAGCGUACGCCUCCGUGCUACGACGAGGCCCCCAGAGUUUCCGUCGGCUCCAGAGUUUCCGUAAGCUCCGUUAG